AUGGCCAUUCACCAAUUGCAAGCUGUUUGGUUUAAAGAAUGUGGAACAAGGCCGGUUGUGGAUGAGAUAACAACAGGGAUUCGGAUUGUAGGUGGACAUGAUGCUCAGAUUGGAGCCUGGCCGUGGCAAAUUAGUCUUCAAGUUUACCGAUUCGGUUUAGGAUAUCAUCAUGUAUGUGGUGGAUCUUUAAUAAAUCAUAACACAGUGCUGACAGCAGCACACUGCAUUCGAAAAUGGAUAGAUCCAGAAUUUUGGAGGGCUGUGAUAGGUAUGCAUCAUCUUUACAGACAUCAUUCUCAUACAAUAAAGAGCCGGGUUAGGGCUAUCAUUCUCCAUGCUGAGUUCAACAAGAUGACCUUUCAAAGAGACAUUGCCUUAUUUAAACUAGUCACCUCUAUCAGAUUCAAUACAUUUAUUCAGCCCAUCUGCUUACCUGAUGUCCCUCUUGUUGUGACUGCGGAGACUCCCUGUUACAUAAGUGGAUGGGGAAAUUCAAAGGAGAAAGGUCCCCCAAGAGCUGUAUUACAAGAAGCUCAAGUAAACAUUAUUUCACAAGACAAAUGUAAUAGCCUGGACUGGUACGCAGGGGCAGUAUUUGAGGAUAUGCUUUGUGCUGGCUUAGAAGGUGGUGGUGUUGACACUUGCCAGGGAGACAGUGGUGGACCACUGAUGUGCUAUUUCCCAGACAGCACCAGGUAUUAUCUGAUAGGAGUCACCAGCUUUGGCAUGGGCUGCGGUAAACCAAAAUUUCCAGGAAUCUAUAUACGCACAGCAACUUACGGAAAAUGGAUAAAUUCACAAGCUAUUGUAUAUGACAAAACCACCACUGUGAGCAUUCCAUGUGUUCUGAUCUUUUUGAGUGCGGAUUUGGCAGUUUUGCAUCUUGUUCUGUGA